GACGUGGCAUAGGCGAAGCUUGCUCGCGCUUUGGAAUGUGCAGAUGGUCGAGGCGGACGGACUUCGCACUACCUCGGGAAGAAACUGCAUCGGCCUCCUACCAGCCUUGGGCACCGGAGUAUCCCGCGGCAUCGAAUUGCGCCGUCUCCUGAAAUACUGGGCAUCCACCCACUCGGAAGCGUCGCCAUCCCGCAAGACGCCUACGUUUAUCUGGCUCGCCGCAUCUCCAGAGGGGGCCACGGACGCCGUGUCCUACGUGUGCGGCACCGCGUCUCAGUGCACCACCAUGCAAGCGUCAUACGCCGUGCAAGGAGCCCGGUGCCAGACUGUGCUCGUAGCGAGGGGUUCCAGGCGCCUGCUGAUAUACAGGCUCAACGACCAGGACACACGUGACAGAGAUUCUUUUAAGGAUCGCAGUGUUGGAGCGAGUGGCGCGGAGCAUGGCGGCGGCUUUCCAGGCCGUAUCUGGCCACGUAACUGUGAUGUCAGCGCCGACACCGACACAGCAGCAGUCGUGUUCCGGUGUUACCGGAGGGCAGCCCAGCCACACAGCCAUGCCGCAAGGAUGUCAGGAUCGCAGUGUUGGAGCGAGUGGCGCGGAGCAUGGCGGCGGCUUUCCAGGCGUAUCUGGCCAUGGAACUGUGACGUCAGCGCCGACACAGCAGCAGUCAUGUUCCACUGUUAUCGGAGGGCAGCCCAGCCACACAGCCACGCCGCAAGGAUGUCAGCUGGCUCCGACGCCGCUCAUCGUGCCAGCGUUCCCAUACUUCCCCUGGCGCUCGUGCCCCGGCCGGUGCGUCCGUUGUCAUCUUCCGCAGCUCGCUCCGAUGCCAGCGUUCCGACACUGCCCCUCCCUGCGCGAAGGAGCGCAAGGCACUGGCCCACAACCAGUAGCUGCGGUGAUUUCGGAACAAGACUCGUUUUCAGAACACCUGCUGUCGGAUUCGCUCGCAUUCUUUAUUACUAACGGGCUGAGCAUCAUGCGAGCUGCCAAAGACGGUGUUGACACUUCCCGGAGGAAUUUGUGACAGCCAGGCAAAGAGAGUACAGAGUUGAAUGUGGACUGCUCUGUGAUAUUUUUGCGUAUUUAAUAAUGCUUCGAGACAGACAUUCAGCCUGAGGCAGACGGUCUUUGAGAACACCUGCUCCACUAGGCUUGAAGACAACCUGACCUCAUCUAUUGUGCCCUCAUUCUCGAACGAUUCAAGGAAGGGCAACAUUACUUCUGAUGGCUGGCGCUUCGAUCCUGAGGACUUGGAAAACACUCUCUUGGCUGCCUGCCCAACUGCUUCAACGCCGAAGAGCACCCGGAUGACUGCCAGCGUACCAA